AGCGGGACUGCGCCGCGCAGGGCGCUAGGAGGCAUUGUCGCCGUGCCUGUAUGAGCAGCAGUCCAGCCUGGUGGCUGGCAACAGGAUACCCACGUCUGCAUGCUGAAGAAGAUGGGCGAGGCAGUGGCCAGAGUUGCGAGGAAGGUCAACGAGACAGUGGAGAGCGGCUCGGACACCCUGGACCUGGCCGAGUGCAAGCUGGUCUCCUUCCCCAUCGGCAUCUACAAGGUCCUGCGGAAUGUCACCGAGCAGAUCCACCUCAUCACACUGGCCAACAAUGAGCUCAAGUCCCUCACCAGCAAGUUCAUGACCACGUUCUGCCAGCUCCGAGGUAAAGACAGUUAA